AUCUCAAGAAUCCUUGACAUAUAAACAUAGACGCCGCCUUCUGCGCAGAAUCAUACGUCAUCCUCGCCGCCAUAUUGGAUGUGGCAAAGUGGAGAUUCUUCAACCGUCUCUGGUAUUCUCAGUAGCCGAGAAUAAAGAUGCCUCAUUCAUGUGCUGCGUUUAACUGUACCAACAGGUUUACCGUCCAAACGAGAUCACAUGGGAUUACCUUUCACAGUUUCCAGCUGUGCGCUGCGGCUGUUCUCGCGCUCAUGGCGGCCCCGGGUUAUGAAGACCUGACGGCGUUCCUGGGGGACCGGGGCCCGUUCCAGCUCACCGUGUUCCUCCUGCUCAGCCUCAGCAUUGUGCCGAACGGGUACACGGGCAUGGCCAUGGUCUUCCUCGCGGACACACCGGACUUCCGCUGCAGGUCGGCGAACGCGAGCCACGCAGGAGUGAAGAUCGGCGCGCGCGACACCGGCAGCGGGUGCGAGCAGCGCGUGAACGGCAGCAGCGAGCCGUGUGUGAGCGGGUGGGAGUACAGCAGCGCGCGCUACCGCAGCACUGUCGUCACUGAGGUAGGACUAGACGAUGGGGUUAAGGACUCUUUCUACGAUGAGCUGUUUUGUGAAGUUUCGAAGAUUGCCGAAUCUGAGACCUUGUUCCUUUGUGGGGAUUUUAAUGGCCACAUUGGAUGUAAGUCUGAAGGAUAUGAAGGUGUUCAUGGCGGUUUUGGUUAUGGUGAGCGUAACCCAGAGGGAGUGAGGAUUCUUGAUUUUGCAGUGGCAAACGAUUUGGUAAUUAACAACUCCCUGUUUCAGAAGAGGGCAAGCCAUCUGAUUACAUAUCAGUCUGGUGUUUCCUCAACACAGGUAGAUUAUAUUCUGACUAGAAGAUGCAACUUUAAGCAUGUCAUCAAUACUAAAGUUGUCCCAAAUGAAGAAUGUGCCCUGCAGCAUAAGCUCCUACUAUGUGAUAUUUCCUUGAAGUUUAGCAAGAAAAAGAGGCAUGUUUUUACCCCUAAGCUUCGUGUUUGGAAGCUGAGAGAUCAUAGUGUAAGGAAUGAUUUCCUUAAUGGGGUAAGGGCAGAGUUAGAUGGCUUGUCCAUGGCAACAGUAGAAGACACUUGGCAGUCCUUAAAAGGUAGCCUCCUAUCUGUAGGUGAAAAGACCUGUGGCUACUCUAAGAAAGGAAAUUGGAGGAAACAGACGUGGUGGUGGGAUGACACUGUUAGUGCUGCGAUUGAGGAGAAAAGGCGUCUUUAUAAAGCUUGGAAGAGGGGUGGUAGCAAACAAGACUAUCUAAGUGCUAAACACACCGCAAAGAAAACAGUCCAUGCAGCCAAGAAAAGAGCAGAGGCAGUUAAAUUUGCAAGUGUUGUGAAAGAUAAUAUGGAUAUUUUCAAAAUCGCCAAGCAAAUUAAGAGGGAGAGCAGGGAUGUUGUGGGUGAGUGCUGUGUUAGGGACGAUCAAGGGCACAUCUCACUCACUGAUGAUGCAAAGAAGAAGGCUUGGAAAGAGCAUUAUAGCCAUCUAUUAAAUGUGGAGUUUCCAUGGUCCCGUGAAGAUCUCACACCUGCCUAUCCUGUUGAGGGCCCGCCAAUUCUGGUAACAUCUGAAAUGGUGGCUAAUGCCUUAUGCAAAAUGAAGCUGGGCAAAGCUCCUGGCCCAUCCGGUAUAGUGGCAGAAAUGGUUAAGGCGUCUGAAGAGGUUAGCAUCCCUGUGUUGUGCAGCCUAGCAAACGCGAUCAUAGCUGAGAAAAAGAUCCCAGUAGACUGGGAUAUGAGUUAUAUCAUCAAUCUGUACAAAGGCAAGGGUGACGCGCUCGAUAGAGGAAACUACAGGGGUCUAAAGUUGACGGAGCACUGCCUGAAAGUAGUUGAGAGAGUGGUAGAGAAUAUUGCCCGCGAGCUAGUGUCCAUCAAUGAGAUGCAAUUUGGUUUCAUGCCUGGGCGGAGCACAACCGAUGCAAUUUUUAUUGUCCGCCAGUUGCAAGAGAAAUAUCUAGCCAAAGAAAAGAACUUGUACUUUGCCUUCAUAGAUCUAGAGAAGGCUUUUGAUCGCGUCCCUCGGGAUGUCCUUUGGUGGGCAAUGCGUCGUCUGGGUCUUCCAGAGUGUCUUGUCAGCACAGUACAGGCUAUGUACUCCAAUGCCUCGAGUAGGGUCUGUGUCAGUAACUCAGUAAGUGACAGCUUCAAGGUCCAAGAAGGAGUUCAUCAGGGCUCCGUGUUGAGCCCAUUUCUCUUCAUCGUAGUUCUGGAAGCCCUCUCACGAGAAUUUCGUACUGGUUGCCCUUGGGAGCUUCUGUAUGCUGACGACUUAGUCAUCUCCUCAGACUCGCUGGAAGAACUCCUAGAGAGACUGCGCCUGUGGAAAAUUGGUCUGGAGUCCAAGGGUUUACGUGUAAACAUGAGUAAGACAAAAAUCCUGAUGUCCGGUCCAAACUUGAACUCUCUGAAGGACUCAGGAAAGCACCCUUGUGCUGUUUGCAGGAAGGGUGUAGGAAGUAAUUCUAUCUUUUGCAACGGAUGCUCCCACUGGGUCCAUAAAAAAUGCAGCAACAUAUCUGGCAGACUAACACCGGAUCCCUUGUUCAGAUGUAGCAGAUGUCGGGGUACAGCUCGCCCAAUCGAUGGCAGACCGUGUGAUUAUGUUAUGGUGAACGAGCAACACCUUGAAGUAGUAGAUUCCUUCCGCUAUCUUGGCGAUACCAUCUGUGCUGGUGGUGGCUGUGAAGCUGCCAUAAUAGCAAGAGUAAGAGCUGCUUGGGGAAAGUUCAGGGAGCUGCUCCCUUUGCUGACAUGCAAGAGUUUAUCGCUCAGAACAAGGGGUAGAGUCUAUGGUAGCUGUGUCAGGGGUGCCCUGCUCUACGCAAGUGAGUGCUGGGCCCCUAAAAAGGUUGACCUGUCAAGACUUGAAAGGAAUGAGCGGGCUAUGUUGAGGUGGAUGUGUGGCCUGAACCCCAAUGAUGAAACCAGCCCAAGUAUCUGGGACAAACUUGAAAUUGUCCCCCUUGAAGCCGCACUUCGCCAUGGACGGCUUCGGUGGUUUGGCCACACCAAAAGAGCAUCUGACCCAAUAUCAGACAUUGAGAAGUUGGAGGUCGCUGGCACCAGGAGGAGAGGCAGACCCAGGAAGACGUGGGCCAAGGUGGUCGCUGACGACCUGAAGACAUUCCAUCUGUCCCCGGAAGUGGCCACUGACCGGGUUGCCUGGAAGAAGGCUGUGAAUACUCACAUGCAACGUCAUACCCGCCCCCAGGUGGAACAUAAUGACGUAAACGGAUAGUGAGUGAGUGAGUGAGUGAGUGGGCACAAGUAACAAUCCAUUAAAUUUUGGCGGUGAUCCGGAUCACCUUCUGGAUCCCGGAAUUUUUUUAAAGAAUUCUUGGCAGAGGUCUGCACUCUCCAAGUGCUUUUCUAGUUGUUAUUAUUAUUAUUAUUAUUAUUAUUAUUAUUAUUAUUAAUUUAAGGAUAUGUGAUUUGUUUAAGGUUAUUUAUUUAUUUUUAAACCUGAAUAUUUUGCUUAGUAUU